UAUAUUUUACCAAUAGGAUUAAACGAGUACGAUAUAAAGAGUAAAACCUCAUAAAUAAGUUGGAAAAAAUACAAGAUGGAAAACAAUAGAGUAAAGCCAACACAAGUACUACUAACUUCAACUUUAUGCUUAUUAAUUGGACCUACAUAUAAUAAACUAUAGUCUUCAAUAUCCUUUUUAUUUUGUGACUCAUAUUUUUGCUAUGCAUGUGACUUCCCAAAUUAAAUUACCCAUCUUGUCGGUUAUUACAACCUUCCCACCCCCACCUCUUCUCUUCUCUUUUUCUCGUGAAUAAUCCCAUUAAUAUUUUUUAAAAAAGAUUUAAUUUAUAUCCAAUCACAAUUUUACACGCAACUACCACCCCCCUUAAUUUGGCAAUAAAAGCCAACUUUCUUCUCAACUAACAAACACAACUUAAACCUCUCCCUCCAAAAAAAAAACUAACUUAUUAACAACCUUAACUAAGAAAAUGAUGAAAAUGAAACACACAUUAUUUCCUCAUUUUUUUGUUACACUUCUAAUGUUGUUACUUACUAGCAUGCCAUAUUUGGUGUACUCAUAUCAUGAUUACCAUGAGGCACUUGUUAAGUCUAUUCUUUUUUUUGAGGGCCAAAGAUCGGGUAACUUGCCCCGAGACCAACGGGUCGAGUGGCGUGCUCACUCGGGUCUCGGGGAUGGAUUUGAGCAUGGUUUGGACCUUACGGGCGGGUACUACGACGCCGGGGAUAAUGUUAAGUUUAAUUUUCCUAUGGCCUUUACCACCACAAUGUUGGCAUGGAGUGUGGUGGAGUUUGGGGAGUUUAUGCCUCCUAGUGAGCUGAGGAAUUCUUUGGUUGCUAUUAAAUGGGCUACUAAUUACCUCCUCAAGACGGUUUCUCAGCCCAAUAGGAUUUAUGUACAGGUAGGUGAUCCAAUUAGUGACCAUAAUUGUUGGGAGAGGCCAGAGGAUAUGGACACUAAAAGGACAGUCUACAUGGUUGAUGCACCAAAUCCGGCUUCCGAUGUAGCCGGUGAGACCGCGGCAGCCCUAGCAGCCGCUUCAUUGGCCUUCCGAUCAGCCGAUCGUGGCUACUCGGAAACCUUGUUAAGAAAUGCCCAAAAUGCCUUUCAAUUUGCAGAUAGCUUUAGAGGAGCUUAUAGUGACAAUUCAGAUGUUAGAGGUGGUGCCUGCCCUUUCUAUUGUGACUUUGAUGGAUAUCAGGAUGAACUGCUUUGGGGAGCAGCAUGGUUGAGAAGAGCAACUGAAGAUGACACAUACCUUAAUUACGUAGCAAGUAAUGCCCACACUCUUGGGGCUGAUGACAAUAUCAAUGAAUUUGGUUGGGACAAUAAACAUGCUGGUCUUAAUGUACUAGUCUCCAAGGAAGUGCUAGAAGGAAGCACAUACUCUCUACAACUCUACAAAUCAUCAGCAGAUAGUUUCAUGUGCACAUUAAUCCCCGAAACCUCGUCUUUCCACAUUGAGUACACCCCCGGUGGCCUCAUCUACCGCCCGGGGGGCAGCAAUCUCCAACAUGCCACAACCAUAUCUUUUCUCUUACUCGUGUACGCAAAGUACCUUGACAAAACGUCUCAAACCGUGAAUUGUGGUGCCGUUAGCGUUGGGGCCGACAAGCUCCGGCGGAUAGCGCAAAGGCAGGUUAACUACAUUUUGGGUGAGAACCCCUUGGGAAUGUCCUACAUGGUAGGAUAUAGUCUCAAGUACCCUCAAAGGAUUCAUCAUAGAGGUUCAUCAUUACCUUCUAUUAAAGACCACCCUCAGCCCAUUGCUUGUAAAGAAGGGUCCAUUUAUUUUAACUCGACCCAGCCCAACCCAAAUGUCCACAUCGGUGCUGUUGUGGGCGGGCCUGGAGAGGAUGACUUAUACGACGAUAAUCGGGCUGAUUUUAGAAAGUCCGAGCCCACCACCUACAUUAAUGCCCCAUUAGUUGGGGCCCUCGCUUAUUUUACAGCUAAUCCAGGCCCAAAUUAGUGAUAAUGGGCUACUAAUCACAUUUUGUAUAUAUAAAAAAAAAAAAAAAAAAAAAAA